GCGCCGCUAGUGACAGCAGCCCGCUAGAGAGAAAGCCCCAGAGCAGCUGCGCGCCUACCCAACGCGCGCUCAGUAGCCAGGCGUCCCAGCUCCGGCUUGGGUGGAGUUCCACUUCUCUCUGGAUCCCGCCCCCGUCGCCCCAGCCUCCAAGACCCUCGGGUCUCCUCGGCGGCUGCGGGAAGGCGCCCAGCCCGCCGCGGAUGGGCAUCGUGGAGCCGGGCUGUGGAGACAUGCUGACCGGCACCGAGCCGAUGCCGAGUGACGAGGGCAGGGGACCCGGAGCGGACCAGCAGCAUCGCUUCUUCUAUCCCGAGCCUGGCGCACAGGAUCCCACUGAUCGCCGCGCAGGUGGCAACCUGGGGACGCCCUACUCUGGGGGCGCCCUGGUGCCUGCUGCGCCGGGCCGCUUCCUUGGCGCUUACGCCUACCCGCCCCGGGCCCAAGCGGCCGGCUUCCCCGGGCCGGGCGAGCCCUUCCUGCCGCCCGCGGGUGCUGAGGGCUACCCUCCCGGGGAUGGCUACGUGGCUCCGGACCCGCGUGCCGGACUUUACCCAGGGCCACGCGAGGACUACGCUUUGCCCGCGGGGCUGGAGGUGUCCGGGAAGCUGAGAGUCGCACUCAGCAACCACCUGUUGUGGUCCAAGUUCAACCAGCAUCAGACAGAGAUGAUCAUCACUAAACAAGGAAGGCGAAUGUUCCCGUUCCUCUCGUUCACUGUGGCCGGGCUGGAGCCUACUAGCCAUUACAGGAUGUUUGUGGAUGUGGUCUUGGUGGACCAGCACCACUGGCGGUACCAGAGUGGCAAGUGGGUGCAGUGUGGAAAGGCAGAAGGCAGCAUGCCAGGGAACCGCUUAUACGUCCAUCCCGACUCCCCCAACACCGGAGCCCACUGGAUGCGUCAGGAAGUUUCAUUUGGGAAACUAAAGCUCACCAACAACAAGGGGGCUUCCAACAAUGUGACCCAGAUGAUUGUCCUGCAGUCUCUCCAUAAGUACCAGCCCCGGCUACACAUCGUGGAGGUGACUGACGGAGAGCCGGAGGCCGCCUGCAACAGUUCUAACACUCAUGUCUUCACUUUCCAAGAGACCCAGUUCAUUGCAGUGACUGCUUACCAGAAUGCUGAGAUCACUCAGCUGAAAAUCGACAACAACCCCUUUGCCAAAGGAUUCCGGGAGAACUUUGAGUCCAUGUACACGUCGGUGGACACCAGCGUUCCCUCCCCACCUGGACCCAACUGUCAACUGCUUGCGGGGGACCCCUACUCCCCUCUUCUAUCCAACCAGUAUCCAGUUCCUAGCCGUUUCUACCCCGACCUUCCUGCCCAGCCCAAGGAUAUGGUCUCACAGCCUUACUGGCUGGGGACACCUCGGGAACACAGUUACGAAGCUGAGCUCCGAGCAGUGAGCGUGAAGCCCACGUUCCUGCCCUCUGCCCCUGGGCCCACAGUGCCCUACUACCGCGGCCAAGAAGUCCUGGCGCCCGGAGCUGGUUGGCCUGUGGCCCCUCAGUAUCCUCCUAAGAUGAGCCCAGCUGGCUGGUUCCGCCCCAUGCGAACUCUGCCCGUGGACCCUGGCCUGGGAUCCUCAGACGGGAGAGGGCCAGAGGAACAGGGAUCCCAAUCAUCAUCGUCGUCGUUGUGGACUGAGGUCACCUCCCUCCGGCCGCCAGAGUCCAGCGACUCAGGACUAGGUGAAGGAGAGUCUAAGAGGAGGCGGAUAUCCCCCUAUCCUCCCAGUGGUGACAGCUCCUCCCCUUUUGAUAAAGAACCCGAAGGCCAGUUUUAUAACUAUUUUCCCAACUGAGAAGACGCCACGGAAUCGGAAGGUGCCGACUAACUUAGAAAACAGAC